ACCUGCUUGGGAAAGAAAUGAUCAUUCAGUGAAGUCCUCUGGCUGCUUUCAGUGAUCCUUUCUCUGCUCCAGCGAUAGCGGCGCGUUUGCCGGGGAGAAAGCUGGAGGCUAUCCCCAGGGUGCCCGAGACCUCCAAGAAGACAAGAGCAAGUGCAGAAGGAGAUAAAUGAGGCUGUUGCUCGAUAACCUCAUGGGGACAAAGACAAGGUGACUAUCUGCUCAGGAGCUUUGGAUGAGGUCUCUCACCUGCCACCGCCGUGCCCUGCCACCCUGGGUAAUUCUAACACAAAACCAAGGGCCAGGCAAGCCACGCGUGUCAAAAGAAGACAGAGAUGGCCACGAAGCAAGCUGAACAUAACCAAAAUGCUACCGUCAACCUCAACUUUGCUGCAAUCUACAAUCUCCACGAUGGGGAUUUAACCUCCUUGCGAAACUUCUCCUUCCCUUUCAAUUUCAGUUACAGCGAUUACGACCUGCCACUGGACAGUGAAGAUGACAUGACCAAAACCCGCACCUUCUUUGCAGCCAAGAUUGUGAUUGGGGUGGCCCUGGUUGGAAUCAUGCUGGUCUGUGGCAUCGGCAACUUCAUCUUCAUAGCUGCUCUCGCCCGCUACAAGAAGCUGAGAAACCUCACCAACCUGCUGAUUGCAAACCUGGCCAUUUCGGACUUCAUUGUGGCCAUCGUGUGCUGCCCCUUCGAGAUGGACUACUAUGUGGUGCGGCAGCUGUCCUGGGAGCAUGGCCACGUCCUCUGUGCCUCAGUCAACUACUUAAGGACCGUCUCCCUCUAUGUUUCUACCAACGCUCUCCUGGCUAUAGCGGUUGACAGGUAUCUGGCCAUUGUCCACCCAUUGAAACCACGCAUGAAUUAUCAAACAGCAACCUUCCUAAUCGCCUUGGUCUGGAUCGUCUCCAUACUCGUAGCUAUCCCAUCUGCAUACUUCGCUACUGAAACGGUGCUAUUUAUAGUGAAAAACCAGGAGAAAAUUUUCUGUGGUCAAAUUUGGCCAGUUGACCAGCAGAUGUACUACAAAUCAUACUUCCUCUUCAUCUUUGGCAUUGAAUUUGUUGCACCUGUGAUUACAAUGACCUUGUGUUAUGCCAGGAUCUCUCGGGAGCUCUGGUUUAAAACCGUACCAGGAUUUCAGACAGAACAGAUAAGAAAGAGGCUUCGAUGCCGAAGAAAAACCGUUAUGGUACUGAUGUGCAUCUUGACUGCCUAUGUUCUCUGCUGGGCACCUUUCUAUGGCUUCACAAUUGUCCGUGACUUUUUUCCCACCAUCUUUGUAAAAGAGAAGCAUUAUCUUACUGCUUUUUACAUAGUUGAAUGCAUUGCUAUGAGUAACAGCAUGAUAAACACCAUGUGUUUUGUAACUGUAAAGAACAACACCAUGAAGUAUUUCAAGAAGAUCAUGUUGCUCAGAUGGAGAUCAACAUACAACGGAAGCAAAUCGAGCACAGAUUUAGACCUGAGAACAAGUGCAAUGCCAGUUACAGAGGAGGUAGACUGCAUAAAACUGAAAUGAAUUUUCUGCAGUUCUAAUCUCAUAUACUUUGGAGAGAGGGUAAAAAGGAAAUAAUGCCUCCUCAGAAGCUUUUCCCUUGGCUGUGGGAAUAUCCACCAUUGGUGAGAGCCCUUGAAAAGCAGCCUACUGUGCAUUUCCACCAGAAUACUUUUCACUGGACUGAUGUAUAACCCCAUAACUCAGAUGCCGUGCUCAGUUCACCCAUCUGUAAAUUUGGGAUGUAGACACUCAUUUUAGAGUUGUUUAAAAUUUAAGGUGAACAAAAAGGUCUAUGAAUGCAUUAAAGCCUAUUACAAUGAUGGAAGAGUUGGUUGUUGAUCCUAGCAAUGAUGUCGCUUUGUUUCUUCUUAAGAGAACUCUCUUAACCCCUUUGAGCUUAUCGUUAAUACCUUCAAGCUAUUUGUUGUCCUUCUGCUUACAAGAAGAAGGAUGACAAAAAUGCCCAUGUUGCUUCAUGUCACUCUUUAUCCUCUCAGUUUAUCCCUCAUAAUGAAGCUCCUUGAAGUCUACAGACUACCAGCUUUCUAUUGUCCAAUGCGCAGCAUGCUCUUAUGAAAGGCACAGUCUCUACUGCUUCACAGUCUAGUGAAAACCUCAAUUCUCUUCCUGUGACACCUCAUUUAAGAAUAUUCUAUCAGCAUUCCACUCUGUAGAUUGAUGCAGUGUUGCUCUGUUUAUUAUGUAUUUGGAAAUGGCACAGUUACAUAUUGAAAGGGGCCUGUUCCCUUCUCUCACCUCCUGGAACCCUAUGGCCAGCUUCUGCUGCCUUGAGUCACUGGAAAAGUCUUCAUAGAAAAUCAUAGAGGUGGGGAGCAAGGUCUCCAGACUGUCUAGUCCAACCCUCUGCUCAAGUAGGGUGAGCUAGAACAGGUUCCCCAGGACUGUGUCCAGUUGGGCUUUGACUCCAGGGAUGGAGACUCUACAGCCUCCUGGACAACCUGUGCCAGUGUUCAAUAGCCCUCAGAGUAAAAAAGUGUUUUCUUCUGUUCAGAUGGAAUUUCAUGUGUUUCAACUUGUUUUGCAGUGGGACCCAUGUAAAAGAAUAGCGUGUUAGUGGGAAAAAAAAAUCCAUCCUGCUGAACCAGGCCUAGAUAUCUUAUCAAGUCUAUGUACACCUUCAAAAUAAUGUACAAGUAGGGCCAACAUAGCACAGACACCUUGAGACAACCUGUCCUUCUACAAACAAUGGAGACGGACUCUAGGCUUCAGCAAGCCAGUCACUGGUUGACUUGAGUAGCUCAUUCUCUGGUCAAACAUGAAGCAACAACUUAAGAUGAAUUCUGCAUUGCCUCCUCCAGUGCUGUUUUUACUAUUCUGAUUUUGUGCAACAUCAGGGUGGGUGGUUCUUAACUGAUAAUCGUGAUAAAGCAGGUGACAGUAGCAGUAAUACCUACUCAUUUAAACUACACAUAAGAUAUCAGAGACUUUUGUGUAUUGAAAUUGUCUUUUCUGUUGUGAUGACAAAGUAUGUGGUACUGCCUACUUUUGGAGUAAAUGGCUUUUGUAAAUAAUUUGUCUAUUUGUGAAUUUAAAGUGAGCAGCAAAUCCUGCCAAUAAAACAAUAAACAUGCAGUCAAUA